AUGUCACUUAUCCUGCUCAGGCGACUUCUACAAAAUCAAUGGGAUGAGUUCAAAGAAGGCCUUGGUGAUAACUCAGAAGCUUUCUUCCAACAGCUACUGCAUGGCUUUGCUAACGAGACCGACUUCGGGUUCCGAAAAAAGAUGUUAAUGGUUAUAGCAGAGGUGGCUCGAAAUACUAUAGGUAUAAAGCAAACUUCCAAUGAAGACACGGGUAAACAAAAAUGGCUUGGAAUAAUUCAGCUUCUAAAACACUGUAUGGGUAGCGACAAAUCUGAAGAUCUCCUUUGCGUCGCUCUAGUGCUUGAAUCUGUACCGAACGUAUUUGGCUCCGAUUCCGAUCAGUAUAUCGGUGAUAUAAAGAAGUGCUUCUCCGUUCUCUUCAAGGAUUCAAACUCUACUGUCCGCUCAGAUGCUCUUAGGUGCUUUGUAACUUAUGUAAUAGAAAAUGACGAUGAUGAACGUUUGAUCAAAGAAAUGUCACCCUUAAUGCAUCAAGUUGUGGAGGUAAGGUUUUUUCUUCAUCCUCUCUGCUAUAUAAUAUCGCUGAUCAAGGUCUGCCGUUAUACUUGUGUCAAUGAAGACGGUGGAGAUGAUGCGCCGCUGCAGUGCUUGGCCGAGUUAGAGUCGGUUGCACCCAAGCUUGUCAAUCCACAUAUGGCUGAGAUCUUGGAGAUGUGUGUUGGAGUAAGUCAUUCUGGUUUCACUCUACAAAAUAUCCAUGUAUCUGCACAAACUAUGAAUACCAUUCAGUGCGUCCUCAAUACUGAAAAGGACGAGGCUUUCCGCCAUUCCGCCACAGAAGUUCUAGCGACGAUCUGCGAGUGCUCAACGGCUGUGCUCAAAAAGCGUCAUGCUGCUACCAUUCCUUUCAUCUGUAAGUUGUUGGGAUCACGAUUUGAUUACCGUACAACACCGCUCCGCUUCGCCAUAAAAGCUGUGCUCCUGCUUAUGACUCAUUUGACAACUGAGUUAGACGAAUGGUUGGAGGUUGAUGACAUUGAUGCUGAAGACGACGAAGAAUCCGUUGCUGUGGGAGAGUCCGCCCUUGACAGAAUAUCUUGUGCUGUCAAUGGGAAAGCUUUGCUUGGACCAUUCCUCAGCCUAACAGAUAAAAUGCGCCAUUCUGAGGACUGGCGAGAGCGUCAUGUAGCUUUGAUGGGAUUCUCGGUCAUAGGUGAAGGAUGCCAAAGAACAAUGGAGCCUCAUAUCCAAGAUUAUCUUCGCGAGAUUGUACCCUUCCUAAAUGACAAGCAUCCCCGCGUUCGUUAUGCUGCAUGUAAUGCUAUAGGGCAAAUGUCAUCGGAUUUCGCUCCAACGCUGCAGAAGAAAUGUCAUGAAAUGGUGAGUUUCAGAUACAAAUGUGUCCUUAUUUUUCCUCCAGUGUUUGACUCUGACGUGGUUCCGGCACUGAUGAAUACAAUGAUGGAUGCUUCGUGCGAUCGUGUUUCUGCUCAUGCAGCUGCUGCCCUCAUCAAUUUUUGCGAAGAUUGUCCUAAGCAGAUUAUUUCUGCCUAUCUCCCGGCCAUAAUGACUGGUUUGGAGCAGUCUUUGGGGGUUGCAUUCCAGCGACUUCAAAAUGCUGGAAAGAAGCUAUGCUGCGAGCAGAUUACAACCGCAAUUGCAUCCGUGGCUGAUGCUGCACAAGAUCUAUUUAUUGACUUCUAUGAUCGUCUUGUUCCUCAGCUGAAGUUCAUACUCGUGAAUUCUACUGGCGACGACUAUAAG